UCCAGGCCUUGACCGUAAUGCAGAGGAUAUUCGCGCACCGCAAUACAAUGUGCGGGCUGGCUUGACUGUGUUUUCCGAAGUGGAAACUGCCUUGAUCUCAGUAUCAGCACUGACUGUCGUCAGUUUAGAAUAACAUGAAUAAGAUCACGGCUGUCGUAAUUGGAGUAGGAGCAGCAGCUGGAGCAUUGGUUGGUGCGGUAGGUGUUCCUGUUGUUCUGGUCGGCAUAGGGUUCACCUCAGCCGGGAUCGCAGCAGGCUCCUAUGCUGCCGGCAUGAUGUCUUCGGUUGCGAUCGCUAAUGGAGGCGCAGUGGCAGCCGGAAGUACAGUGGCUGUUUUGCAGGCAGCAGGUGUAACUGGACUAUCAGCUUUCACUACUGCAACUAUGUCUGGUGCUGGAGCAGCAGUGGGAUGGCUGGCCUACAAAUUCCGUGGAUGAUCCUAAACGGGGUUUGCCAGUUUAACCUCCAGAGACCCACCCAUUCAUUUUUGUCCUCUGUGGAGCACAUUGGGUUUUGGUCCAUUACUUUGAGGUUAUACAUGCCCCAGCAUUAAGUCCAAGUGUACUCCACAGAGGACAUCCUGGGCUUUUCAAACAUAUGACAUAUGUGGGGGUGUGGCUUUGAAUUUCAAAAAAGGAUGGAGUACUACAAAUGAGGGCUCAAUAUUUGUUGCAUUUUCAAAAUGAAAAUGCCUUAACUGCUGUAAUUCACUGUUACACUUUUUUCAUGUGAAUACAAAUAUUUAAAAAUAUA